AUGGAUCCAGUGUUGUUGUAAGAUUUAUACAGUUAGAAUAAAAGCAAGCACUUGGCUUAGAGAAACUCAUGGCUUAUUUGACUAUGAAUCAAAGACCGUAGUAAAAUCCAAUUUAAAAAUUAGCACUUCUACCUCGCUCUACAGGUCUAUACAAUCUUGCUACAUUUGGAGCAUGGCAGGCUCAGACGAAUUCCCAGAAGGAUCAGAAGCAUUGAUAGAUGUCAAAAAAACUAUACCUUUUGCAGUGUCUAAAUGCUUUAAUAAUAAUUUAUUUUAAAGAAAAUAAAUAAAAUAUUUAUUUAUCUAAAUAUAGCAUAUAAUAUUUUGAAGCCUAAAAGCAUUAUUUAUAUAAAUUUUCUUUAGUUUUAAAUAAAAAAUAUAAAAAAAAAUGACUAUAAAAAGCAAAUAAAAACUUUUAAAACUGUAUAAUGGGUCAUUUCAAAUAUCUUUACUUGCAAACAGCCCUUACGAAAAAAUGUGACAAGUUAUAAAAUUUGUGAAAAAUCAAGGGAUUAAAGGCCACCCUUUAAAAAAAGGUGACUGAAUUAAACUUGGCAGGAUUCGAUUACAUAUAAAACAAAUCCAACUCGCAAAUUCUGAAGAAGCUAAAUUAUCAUUGAUUCCAAACUCUGAAGACCCAGAAACUAAUGAAAUGCAGGAAGAAAAAAAUGAAGAGUCCAUGCCAUGCCGAAUUUGUCUAACUCCCCCCCCCCCCCUCCGUGAGCGAACAAAACCAUUAGAAAAAUCGCCAUUUUUUGACCAAAAACCCACCCUCCGUGAGUGAACAAAAAUUUUUUUAAUAGAAAAAAUUUUAAUGGAAAAAAAUUUUGAUAUAUAAGUGAUAAUUAGUAUAAAUGAAAUCUAGAGCUAAUUCUGUUUAAUUUUAAACAAAUUGCGUGCGUUUUAAAACAUAAAUUUUUGCAAAUUAAAUUAAUAUUUGCUUUCCCAAUUUUUGCAAAUUAGGAUUUUUUUAAAUUCGAAAAAAAAUAUUUUUUAUAAAAUUUAUAUAUAAAUUUUUUUUUAAAAAAAAAAAUUAACCCCCCUCCGUGAGCGAACAAAAUUUUUUUGUUCGCUCACGGAGGGGGGGGGGGGAGUAAGCGAAAUUACAUCUCCACUCGACCCAUUGAUAGCUCCUUGCAAAUGUGCAGGAACAAUGAAAUACGUCCAUAUAAACUGUUUAAAAGAAUGACUAAAAAAUAGGAUCACAGCUAGAGAAACCCCAAAAGCAAUUUCAUACUACUGAAAAGACUUUUCAUGUGAGCUAUGCAAGACCAAGCUACCCUCAAUAAUCCAGAUUGGUGGCCAGCAAUAUGAAUUAAUAGGCUUCACACACCCUACAAAGCCUUUUAUUAUUCUGGAAGAUUUUCGCUCAGACCUAAGACAUAGCAAUGGAGUCCACAUAAUUACGUUAGAACCUGAAAAUUAUGCAGAAAUUGGCAGAGGCCAUGAAUGUGAUGUAAAACUUACUGAUAUUUCAGUCAGCCGCAAUCAUUCUAAAAUCAAGCUUAUAAAUGACCAGUUUUACCUAGAAGACCAAAACAGUAAAUUUGGGACUUUAUUGAGAAUGAAAGGGAUUUUAAAUAUAAAUAUCAACCAAAGUAUAGUUGUCCAAGUAAAUAGAACAGUUUUACAGUUAGAAGCCAAGCAGCCAGCAAAUUGUUUUAGCUGCUUUAAUAGGCGAAAGAAAAGCAAAAUCACUCCAAGGCCAAGCGAAGUUGCGCAUUUAACAAGAGACGAUAAUGCUGAUGAGUCAUGUGUAGAAAGACUAAAAAGAUACCCAAAUCCUAUGCUAUUUAUAAAAAAUGGGCAUUUAGGGGUAGAUGAAGCAAUUAAUUCAUCAAAUGUGAUAGAAAACUCGAGUAAUAAUUUAUACAAAUUUAAAUAAAUAUUUUUCGUUAAAAAAUUUGAUUUUAUUAAAAAAUAAAAAUACAAUAAUUUAUUUUAAUGGAGUAGUACAAUAUGAAGAACAAAAAAAUGAAGGAGUUUUUAUGUGUAUAAUCCACAAUAAUUUGGAAUAA